CCGUCGCAUAUCUUUUAUUGACCUUGCCGUUCGUUACCAAUACACACCCAAGUUGCCAAUAUGGCACUCGGAACUCGUCAAAGUGAUGGCGAUGAGUUCUUGGACCUCAUCGCCAACCCCUUCCAGUCAGACGUAAUAACCCUGUAUCUCCGUUCUCAUGAUCUUGGCUCAUCUGUUGCUAGAUUCAAGUCAACUCGAUAUAUGCUUCGCUCGUGUGGGCCUUUGCCGUAUCAGGCCUUCUCUUCGGUGCCUUUGUGUUAUUCCGCCCAAAAAAUUCUGCCAUCUAUGCUCCUCGAGCCAAGCAUGCCGACUCCAAGCGUACUCCGCCCACCCUGGAUCGGACUUACUUUUCAUGGACUCGUGCGGUCGUAAAAGUGCAAGAGGAGGAUCUCGUAGAGCGGAUUGGUCUGGAUGCUGUCGUCCUACUACGCUUUCUGCGCAUGCUUCGGAAUAUAUUCUUUUGCUUCACCGUCAUCGGCUGUGCACUACUGAUUCCUAUUACCACUAUUGGUGGUCAACAUCCAUAUGAUAGCUAUGCCGAUGUUGCCACGUUACUCAAACUUACGCCGCAGUACAUUUUUGGAACAACGUUCUGGGCGUGGGUCGUCAUUGCCUACCUUUUUGAAGCCAUUGUCUGCGGCUUCAUCUAUCAUAAUUACAGAGCAGUACUUGGAUUACGAAGAGCUUACUUCCGCACCAGCGAGUACCGCAACAGUCUACAUUCACGUACCCUACUCGUGCGCCAUCUUCCUCAAGCAACACGGACAGACGAAGGCGUAGCUCGUAUUGCAUCUUCUAUCAAGGACACUGGCGAAAUCCCUCGUGCUUCCGUCGCGAGGAACGUCAAAGAGCUUCCAACUCUGAUCGACCAGCAUGACAAGACAAUCAUUCGACUUGAGGCUGUUCUUGCUCGAUACCUAAGGAAUCCUGAUCGACUGCCACCUUCCAGACCCAUGAUCAAGCCAUACAAGGAUGACCAACACGCAUAUCCAGCAAAGGUCGAUGCAAUUGACUAUCUGUCAAUCCGAGCCCGUCGCCUCGAGGUGCAGAUAAAGCACGUUCGUGAAAGUCUAGAGAAGCGAAAUUCAAUGCCAUAUGGCUUCGCUAGCUAUUCCCAUAUAGAGGAUGCUCACGCCACUGCCUAUGCCGCCCAACAAGCUGGCGGUGAUGCAAAAUCGAUUACGUUGGCGCCAAAGCCUACUGACCUGUUGUGGCGUAACCUAGCUAUGACAAAGUCGACGAGAAGAACGAGAAUGUUUUGGGAUGGCUUGUGGAUGGUCCUCCUGACCGUUGCCUAUAUCCCCCUAAACAUCCUGUCGUCGGUCUUCCUUUCCAAUUUUUCACACAUUGGCAUUCUGUGGUCAGGUUUCCAAACGAAUCUUUAUGCGCAUCCUGUUGCCUGGGGUAUCGCUCAAGGUAUCACCGCGCCUCUUUUCCAGUUUCUCAUCUUCUUGGCUUUACCUACCCUCUUUCGUCGACUGUAUAAUCACUCUGGAGAUAUCUCCAAGACUUCCCGAGAGCGUCACGUGGCCAGUCGUCUGUACGCCUUCUUCGUAUUCAACAGUUUAUUUGUCUUCUCCGUUUUUGGAUCGGCUUUUCAGUUUGUCGCUGCAGUCGUCCGGGCCCAGGAUGCCAGUGUGUGGGACGCGAUCAAGCAUCAGCAUCCGUUCACAAACUUUAUGGCUGGUCUCUGUAACGUCUCUACUUUCUGGCUCACCUACCAGUUGCAGCAAAAUUUAAGUGCAGCCAUCGACAUUGCCCAGCUUUGGCCUCUCAUUGUUAGAUGGUUUAGACGCAAAUUUUCAGAUCCAACACCGCGUCAGAUGAUCGCACUCUCUGCACCGCAACCUUUCGACUAUGCCAGUUAUUACAACACUUAUAUGUUCAUUGGAACCGUUGGCAUGGUAUUUGGUGUACUGCAACCUCUAAUAUUUCCCAUCACGGCAUUUUACCUUGUAAUUGAGCUUUACUUUAAGAGGUACAUGCUUCAGUAUAUCUGUUUCACGAAGAACGAGUCAGGAGGCGUUUUUUGGCGUACGAUUGUCAACCGCAUGCUUUUUGCAAUUCUCUUGGCCAACGCCGUCGUCGCUCUUAUUGUCGGCUCGCAGGGUGUUGGUGCUCAAGCCUUCAUAUCCGAUGCUGCCGCCAACGCCGGCAUGCUCUACGCUAUGAUCCCGUUACCCUUCCUUCUCUUUGGUUUCAAGUGGUAUUUGUCCCAUACAUUCGACAAUAAGAUGCGCUACGUUUCUAUCGCCUCAAUACACGACCUUGAGAAAUCGACUGAUGUCGAGCGACCCGGAGGACGAAAGGAUCGCGUUGCAGUCAAAUUUGGUCAUCCAGCGUUGUACAAGAAACUCCUUGCGCCGAUGGUGCAUGCCAAAUCAGAGCAUAUGCUGAAGGAGAUUCUCAAGCAUGAGGCGCACAGCUCUGCUUCUCGGCAAGGCUUCCUACACACCGAUUCUUUCGGAUACAGCGACGUCUACAAUGGCGAUGCAACCCAAGCACCGGAGAGGAUACCCGUCGGUCCCAACUCCGUCCCGUUCGAAUUUGUGCAAGAAGGCGACCUCGACUUCCAGAAUUUCAAGCGCCGCGCAGAGUUCAGAGACCAGUUCGGUGGAGAUGGCGAGCUAUACGGUAGACCCGGCGAUAGCAUGACUGCGUCCCGCCCAGGCACACCGUCCACAAUGGCAAACACUUUCAUGGGCAUCGACGAAGUGCCAUACAAAGGCAGUCCUCGCCCCACGUCCACUGACAGCCGUCGUCCCAGCCAGACCAUCCUCGCCCAGCAUACUCCGCGCAAAUCAUCCGCCGCAGACAUCGACGCGCCCCUGCUGAGCGGUCGAAACACGCCCGACCCCUAUCCCCGUCCUUCAAGAGACGGUCGCGCUACCCCAGAUUUAAAUCCACACACUCGCAGCCCCAUUACAACCUCCCUUGUCGCCGGAACAUCCUCCCCCGAGCACUCGCCAUACCGAACCCACCGUCCCACGCAAAGUGGCACGUACACGGCAGUGCGCAGCGAGAGUCCGCAUGACACGGGCCGUAACGAGAGCUCACGCCUAAGCGCCAUCGACGUGCCGACGCCGAGCCUAGAGCGCGACGAUAUCUUCCGCGCCGGCGAGAGAGCGGUGCGAAGGAAGCCGAUCUGAGUAAUGAUAAUGAUCAUAAUUUUGUGUAAAGCAACAACUAUAGUGUACUUAUCGCGGUUAAAAGUUUAGCGCCUUUCUUCGAAAUCAUACCGGUAUUGCGGACAAGAGCGACAAGACUCCGAACAUAAUGAUCGAAACCAAUAGCCCAUAGAUAAGAUUUAGAUUCCAAAUGACACACGUCAGACAGAUGUUAGCUCUGUGCGGUCACGGAUACAUAUCCAGAACGUCCACGUAUUUAAUACUACUAUGGCUUAAUUUAGUAGAUGAUGUCGACGUAGCAUUUAUGUACACGUGCUGAUACAUGCACGGUAGUGAGACGGAAUGAGCAGUUUGUGUGUAUAUAUAAUUAGGUGGAAGAAUGAUUAAGGUAUUAGACAAGACUAGAAAUAGCAUAACCAAUAGCG